UUAAUUGCAUCUCUGAUACCCAUGACAUCUAGAGAUAGAAUUAAAGCCAUCCGGAAUCAGCCAAGGACCAUGGAAGAGAAAAGGAAGCUUCGGAGAAUGGUUGACAAAGAGAAAAGUAAGCAGUCCCGACGUAUCUUUGAGCUCAACUGCUGCUCUCAGUGUUUGAAUUCCAUUUCCCUGGCAUACCGGAGAUGCAAGAACAUCCUGUCGGAGCUGCUCAAUUCCAUCAGCCUGUGGCAGAAGACGCUCAAGAUCAUCGGAGGCAAGUUUGGAACCAGCGUCCUGUCCUACUUCAACUUUCUGAGGUGGCUUCUGAAGUUCAACAUUUUCUCAUUCAUUGUGACCUUCAGCUUCAUCACAAUCCCUCAGUUUACCGUGGGCGGAAACAACGCUCUCCAAUUCACAGGACUGGAAUUUUUCACGGGAGCGGGUUAUUUUUCUGACACAGUGAUGUACUAUGGCUUUUACACCAAUUCUACGAUCCGGCAUCGGAGCGGUGGGGCAUCCUACAACAUGCAGCUGGCCUACAUCUUCACAGUUGCAGCCUGUCUGAUCAUCUGCUUCUUCAGUUUGCUAUUCAGCAUGGCCAGGUAUUUCCGGAACAACUUCAUUAACCCCCACAUUUACUCCAGAGGGAUCGCUAAACUUAUUUUUUGCUGGGACUUCACCAUCACCCACGAAAAAGCUGUGAAGCUGAAACAGAAGAAUCUUAGCACUGAGAUAAGGGAGAACCUGUCAGAAAUCCUUCAGGAGAACGUCAAACUAACGCUCAAUCAGCAGCUGACCCGCUUGUCUGUCCACCUGGCGGCCUGGGUUGUCUCUACCGGAGUGGCCGUUGCCUGCUGUGUAGCGGUUUAUUACCUGGCUGAGAACAACUUAGAG